AUGCAUCUUAAGCAGUUCUUUGGCGUUCUUGCCACCACAGUUGCCCUUGUUGCGGCGGAGGGUGACUCCGAUGUUGCUGCUCUUACUGGCGAGACCUUCGAUGACUUCGUCAAGGCCAAUGAGCUUGUCCUUGCUGAGUUCUAUGCUCCCUGGUGCGGCCACUGCAAGGCCCUCGCCCCCGAGUACGAAGAGGCCGCUACCUCUCUCAAGGAGAAGGGCAUCAAGCUUGUAAAGGUUGACUGCACUGAAAACUCGGAGCUUUGCUCCAAGCACGGUGUUGAGGGCUACCCCACUCUCAAGGUCUUCCGUGGCCUCGAGAACAUCACUCCUUAUGCCGGCCAGCGCAAGGCUGCUUCCAUCACCUCAUACAUGAUCAAGCAGUCCAUGCCCGCCGUCUCCGAGGUUACCAAGGACAACCUCGAGGAGUUCAAGACCGCCGACAAGGUCGUCCUCGUCGGCUACUACGCCGCUGAUGACAAGACCUCCGCCGAGGUCUACUCUGCAACGACGCUGCCCUUGCCGAGGCUGAGGGCGUUGUCCCCCGCCAUUGUUCUGUACAAGCAGUUCGAUGAGGGUGUCACCACUUACACUGGUGACAAGUUCGACGCCGAGGCCAUCGAGAAGUUUGCCACGACUGGCGCCACUCCCCUCAUCGGUGAGGUCGGCCCCGAGACCUACUCUGGCUACAUGUCCGCGGGCAUUCCCCUCGCCUACAUCUUUGCCGAGACUCCUGAGGAGCGCGCUGAGCUCGGUGAGGCCCUCAAGCCCAUUGCCCAGAAGUACCGAGGCACCAUCAACUUCGCCACCAUCGACGCCAAGGCGUUUGGUGCCCACGCUGGCAACCUCAACCUCAAGGCGGACAAGUUCCCCGCCUUCGCCAUCCAGGAGACUGCCAAGAACCAGAAGUUCCCCUUCAGCCAAGAGACCGAGAUCACCCACGACGCUAUCGCCGAGUUCGUCGCCGAGUUCGCCGCCGGCAAGCUCGAGCCCAGCAUCAAGUCUGAGCCCAUCCCCGAGGCCAACGAUGACCCCGUCACCGUCAUUGUUGCCAAGAACUACGAGCAGGUUGUCCUCGACGACACCAAGGACGUUCUCGUUGAGUUCUAUGCCCCUUGGUGCGGCCACUGCAAGGCUUUGGCCCCCAAGUACGAGGAGCUUGGCGCCCUUUACGCCAACUCUGAGUUCAAGGACAAGGUGACCAUCGCCAAGGUUGAUGCCACCGCCAACGACGUCCCUGAUGAGAUUCAGGGUUUCCCCACCAUCAAGCUCUUCCCCGCCGGUGGCAAGGCCGCUCCCAUCACCUACAGCGGCUCUCGCACCGUUGAGGACCUCAUCACCUUCAUCAAGGAGAACGGCAAGCACCAGGCCAACGUCUCCGUCGAGAAGGAGGCUCCCGCCGCUGAGGAGGAGGCCAAGGAGGCUCCCGAGGCCAAGACCGAGGAGACGAAGGAGGACAAGGAGUCGCACGAUGAGUUGUAA